CCGGAAGUAGCGUCACUCCCCUCCGUUACUGAAGCUACGAGAUAAACUCAAAGCACGGUGCAUAAAAAGUCGCUGCACAGAAGUUCUCAAUAAACCUUUGAAUUAAUAAGCAUGGCUCUUGAAUCUCGAGUCACUCAGGAGGAAAUCAAGAAGGAGCCGGAGAAACCGAUCGACAGAGAGAAGACCUGCCCCCUCCUCCUGCGAGUCUUCACCACCAACUGUGGUCGACACCACCGGCCUGACGAAUUUGCCCGUGGCAAUGUUCCCUCCAGUGAACUGCAGAUAUACACAUGGAUGGAUGCUACCCUGAAGGAGCUAACUAGCCUGGUGAAGGAAGUGUAUCCAGAAGCCAGGAAAAAGGGGACCCACUUCGGCUUCUCCAUCGUGUACCCAGACCCUCGAGGGAAAGUCUACAGGUUGAAGGAUAUCGGGAACACUAUAUCCGGCAGGAAGGGCACAGAUGAUUCAAUGACGCUGCAGUCGCAGCGUUUCCAGAUUGGAGACUACCUGGAUAUAGCUAUUACACCGCCUAACAGAGCCCCGCCUCUUGGUGCACGCAUGAGGCCGUUCUGAACACACACACACACACACACACGCACACACACGCUGAAUCACACAUGUUAGCAUGAACACAUAAACCUACACACAUCAACAUACUUUUCUUUUUUUUUUUGUUCAUUGCAUCAUCUCUGAUGGUUUUUGCCUCAUUUUGUAAUCUGUGACUUCAAAUAAAGUUGUGAUUUUUAUCCAA